ACGCGCACUUUCGUGGGUUGUUUCAGUUCAACUCUGUGCAAGAGAUCAAACGGUUGGAGGAACCAUUUGUUUGUGAAAAUCCUGAGUUGAAUAGUAUAUUUAAAAUUAAAAUAAUCAUUAGAAAGCGGUAAUAGGUUAGAAAAAGUAUUGUAUGGCCUUAGUGAAUAAUGGAUGCCCAUGACCUUUUGUCUGCUGCACUUAAUCAAUCUGGCAUAAAUUCUGAAGAUGUUGCUACAAAUGAUGCAAGUCGUCACCAUGCUGCCAGUAGAUAUGUACAUGGAUUUACGCAACCAUCUUUACACAAUUUCUUUGGAAGCCCAUACAGCUUUCCAUCAGGGUCAUCUCAGAGCUAUUUCCCAGGAAAAAUGCCUACUGAUCAAGGAUACUUCCCAGAUAAGAUGUCACCUUCUCAAGGCUAUUUCCCAGGAAAGAUGCCUGUAUGUGACAUGCCAGCAUUAAAUCAUCACAUUUUGGCAAGCAUGUUGGGGAAUAGUCACAAUCCAUUUCCUCCUAAUUUCAUGCAACACCCUGCUAUGAUACCCAAUUUCACAAGUAAAGAUUUAUCUAAACUCUGGUUAAAUGAAGGAAUUAAGCACAACCCAUUUGUGAAACCUGAAGCUGAGACAGAAGAAGCAGAAGAAGAGGAAGAGCUUGUCCAUGCAGAAACGUAUAAUGAAUAUGUUCCAACCAAGUUGAAAAUUGGACAGCGUCACCCAGACCCUGUAGUAGAAACUAGUUCCCUUUCCAGCAUACCACCACCAGACAUCAGUUAUAAGCUCUCACUUGAUGAAGAAAUUAUCGAUAGAGGGUUAUUGUCGGCCUUGCAGCUUGAAGCUAUUGUAUAUGCUUGUCAACAGCAUGAAACCUUUCUCCCAGAUGGUUCUCGAGCUGGUUUUUUAAUAGGAGAUGGUGCUGGUGUAGGCAAAGGCAGAACACUUGCAGGAAUUAUCUAUGAAAAUUAUUUGCUGGGAAGAAAGAGAUCUAUCUGGUUAAGUGUAUCUAAUGACUUGAAAUAUGAUUCAGAACGGGAUCUUCAAGAUAUUGGUGCUGGAAAGAUAGAAGUAUAUCCACUGAAUAAGUUCAAGUAUGCCAAGAUAUCCUCCAAAGUGAAUGGAAGUGUCAAGAAAGGAGUAAUUUUUGCCACAUAUUCGUCUUUGAUUGGUGAGAGCCAGUCUGGGGGAAAAUACAAGACCAGAUUAAAACAGUUAUUAAACUGGUGUGGUGAAGACUUCGAUGGAGUAAUUGUUUUUGAUGAAUGUCACAAGGCCAAGAACUUGUGUCCUGUUGGAUCAAGCAAACCAACAAAAACAGGCUUGACUGUUUUGGAAUUACAAAAUAGUUUGCCAAAGGCUCGGGUUGUGUAUGCCAGUGCAACAGGUGCAUCAGAACCUAAAAACAUGGCUUACAUGACUCGUCUGGGUAUCUGGGGUGAAGGAACAACCUUCAACGACUUUUCUGAUUUUAUUUCUGCUGUCGAGAAACGAGGUGUUGGAGCUAUGGAGCUUGUUGCUAUGGAAAUGAAGCAGAGGGGCAUGUACAUAGCUCGACAACUAAGUUUUGCUGGAGUAUCAUUUAAAGUAGAAGAAAUUCCUCUUGCACAAGACUUCAUAGAAGUAUAUGACCGUUCUGUUAAAUUAUGGGUGGAAGCAAGAGAGAAGUUUCAAAAAUCUGCUGAACUUUUAGAAGGGGAUCAACGAAUAAAGAAGUCCAUGUGGAGCCAGUUCUGGGGAUCACAUCAGAGGUUCUUUAAGUACCUAUGUAUAGCUUCAAAAGUUAAACCAGCUGUAGCCUUGGCACGGGAAGCUGUAAAAAAUGGCAAGUGCAUUGUGAUAGGCUUGCAGUCAACUGGUGAAGCACGUACAUUAGAACAGUUAGAGGAAGCUGGUGGAGAACUCACAGAUUUUGUUUCUACAGCUAAAGGAGUGCUACAAACCCUGAUAGACAAACACUUUCCAGCUCCAGAUCGUAAGAAAAUGAGCCGUCUCCUGGGUUUGGAAAGUUUCAUGAAAGAAGAGGCAAAAGAAAUCAAGCGACCUAUCUCUCCGGUUGCAUCCUCCUCUUGUGGGGGCACCAAAAGAAAGUCUGCAAGACAAGCAAGGCAGCUUGUGAAACGAUACAGGGAGUCGAAGCUAACAGAUGAAAGCAAUAGUGAAGCAGAACCUGAAGAGAAUGAUGACAGUGAGUUUGCUCCUUCUGAUUCCAAUUCAAGUGAUCGAGAGCCAAGUCCAUCUCCAACUGAAUCUGAAGAUGAUAGUGAUUUUAACCCUUUUGGAGAGGAAUCUGACAGUGAUGUUCCCCUAUGGGAAAGUGAUGAGUUUGCAUAUUCUCAGCAAUGGGGUCUGGGGUUCAAUUCCCUGAAGUUAACAACUAGCUUCGAUGAAUUUCUAACGGCUUUUGUCGCAUAG